CAAAGCGUGUAGAUGUACCGGAAGUACUGGCAGAGGGAUGCUGGAAACUUUACUUUGUUAUGUUGGUAGGCCUCUUUGAAGUUAAAGAAUUAUCGAGGUGUUUGAUUUCCACCUGCCAGUCCCAAUUACUAUACUCUGACACCUCCUGUGGUUCACAGACUGGCACUACAUGUAUUACUACUGACAUCCCAUUUUGCAAGAUGGAUUCAGUUCUCAAAUUGUGUUCGGAACUCUCUAAUGCUGGAGAGGAGUAUGUUCUCCUAACAGCAGGAAAUGGAGGCAACCAAAAGCAGUUUGGUUCUGUCAAAGGGAGACAAUUCCUACAGGCAAACCAAGACCUUGCUCAGCGAUUCUUCAGUUACUGUUACAAUGCUGCAAGUUCCUCAAUGUAUAUGGGAGGUCAGCCAUACAGUCAUGCCAUGGAGGCUGUAUCCAUGGCAACCAACAGAAACUCCUCAGUCCACAUAGGUCAUUCUCAACAGACUGUAAGCGAUAGCGCAGCCAGCACCAUCGCGGGAGCUCUUCAGUCGUUAGCCACAGAAUUCCACAUGGGCAGGCCGCAAAAUCCCGUCAUGAUGCAACUGGGUAAUACUGGAUUAGUCGGAGGCGACGGGACAUCCGAGCUACGAGAUGACAUCACAGGAUCGGGACGUUAUGUCGACAUAUAUGGGAAACGUUCCCUAUGGUAGCCACCAUGCAAAUAUGAACAUCGGAAAUAUUAGCAAUAUCAAUGAUUCAAAUAUUUGUAUUCAGGAUACAAAUACUCGUGGAAGUGACUAUCUGAUCAGAUCUAAUAUUGGAAAUUUCUCUGAUCCAACGAUGAAUCGGGAAAGUUUGAUUCCAAAUUUGAAUGAAGAUAAUGUUGCCAAAUCUCAGCAGGAUUUUACUGAAAUUCAAAAGGAAAAUGCAAAAUUUGUUGGGAAUGGAAACGAGAAUCAGAACAAAAGUGCUAAUUUUUCUGACAAUCAAAAUUUUGAGUCAGAAUCCAAAACAGAAAAAUCAUUUGCAGAUGAUCCUAAAAACCAAAUUAUGGAUCAGACCACGUCAUCAACCGAUCUGGAGCCAUCCGCAGUAGUAAAUGCUGGAAAAAACCUGGAAAACGACUCCGAAAAAGAAAGUGACUUGGCAGAAAAACUUCCAACAGAGAGGCAGUUUGAUUCCUCCGAUGACAGUAAUUUCAGUAUCGGAUUUGAGACGGACUUCAAUUUCCGGGAUCAACAAAAAGAUCUGAAAUUGGUUAUAAGUAAUGUUGUAUCCUGUCUCGAACGAGAACGGGACGCCGACAUCAAAAAAGAAGGAAAUGUGGAUGAAAAUGAAGAGAUCAAACAAGAACCUGAUUACAGGAAGAGGAAGUUUACGAAAAAUAAAAAAGUGUUUAAAGAAACCCGUCAAACAAAAGCCAGAAAAGUGAAACCGACUUUAGAAGAAAAGGAAGAUAGCGAUGAUUUGGAAUUUGAUGGCGAGCAGGCGAACAGUGACGAUGGUGAAUAUGUUGUAUCUGAUGGAAAUGAUAGUGAGGCUACAAUUGUGUCCGAUGGAGAAAUUAAUGACGCUUCUUGUUUACGUGGAGCUGCAAAACGGAAAGCAGCAUUUCAAUGUCAUCGCUGUGGUGUUUGUCGUAAAACAUUUGCAAAUUCUUCAAAUUUACGUCGUCAUGAAAAGUCGCACGGUGUCCAAGGUGAUCAGAGAAGAUGUACAAAAUGCAACGAGUUUGUGCUCGUAAAUGAUAUGAAACGGCAUUUGAAAUUAAAGCAUGCGAAUGAUAAUAAAAGACAAAAAGUCCACUGCAAAGAAUGUGGAAAGAUUUGUAUGUCAAAAUCGCAGUUACGUCAGCAUGUUUCUAAAGAACAUAUGGAAAUGAAGUUCAACUGCGAGAAAUGCGACAAAGUGUUCGUGUCGGAAGACGCGUACAAGAGUCAUUUGGUGAAGCAUCUACAGAAACACUUCUGUGUGGUCUGUCAACAAAAUUUUUCGACGCGGGCCAGUCUGACCCAGCAUACUGCAACGGAACAUCCAAAUCACACCCAGUUUGAAAUUAUGAAAUGCAACGUCUGUGGCAGGCGCCGGGGACAGGAGCACAAGUGUCCCGGAAAGAAAGAGAAAGUCCAUAGAGAAUUUAUCUGUCAGGUCUGCAACAAACAAUUCUCACGGAUACAGAACCUCAAUCUUCAUCGCCGAAUCCACAGCGACAAUCGGACUAAACUGAAAUGUGAGCUGUGUGAGAAAUUAUUUUCUGAUCGAUGUAGUUUGAAAAAACACAUUCGGUAUGUCCAUAGUGCGGAAAGAAACUUCAUCUGUGAUGUUUGCGGAAAGUCAUUCAAGCAAAACGAUACUUUAAAAAACCAUGUACGUAUACAUGCUGAAGAAAAAACAGAUGAAUUUAAAUGUCAUCUUUGUUCAAAGUUACUCUCCAGUAAAUCGGCGUUAAACGUACAUCAGAGAUCUCACACGGGAGCGAAAGCCGUACAUGUGUGAAAUUUGUGGCAUGUCUU